AUGGACGCAAGCAGUUUGAGAAUCCUAACCCCUUUCUCUCCUUUCCGAAUGCGCUCAACAAAAGCUCCUCUCUUUGGUUCUCUGUACUUGGCUCAUGUCAACCGCAAAGUCCGCCUCUCUCUGCACUCCACUCGUUUCUCUGCCCUCUGCUCUCUCACUGAUGGGGGCAAAGAGCUUGGGGUAGUGGAAGCAGCGAAGGAAGUCUCACAAAACAAGAUUCUUCAAGUGGUUCUAGUGUCUCCUCAGAUUCCUGGAAAUACAGGUUGCAUUGCCAGAACAUGUGCAGCAUCAGCUGUUGGACUUCACCUAGUUGGGCCAUUAGGAUUCAAGGUUGAUGAUGCGAAGUUAAAGCGAGCUGGAUUGGACUAUUGGCCAUAUGUGGUUGUUAAAGUUCACAGCUCAUGGGCAGAGUUCCAAGACUAUUUCAGGCAACAGGAAGAGAGCUUAAUCAUUCUUGGUUUGGGUUCCUUGGAUUUUUCUUACAGAAGAGGUGAUUUUCUCAUAUUUGGCUCAGAAACCUCUGGCCUACCACCUGAAGUCCUCCAAGAUUGCAAAAGUGAAACAUUUGGCGGUGGGACCAUUAGGAUUCCAAUGGUUGAAACUUAUGUGAGAUGUCUGAAUCUCUCUGUAAGUGUUGGCAUUGCUUUGUAUGAAGCUUCCAGACAGCUAAGUUACGAGCAGCUUCAAUUUUCAAAUGAAAACUGUAUUGAUCAUGAACAAUCAUUUGUCACCGAGGAUAUUUUUGCCUAA